AUGACCGUCUGCCCAGAACAGGAUCAUGGGCAGGUCUCCGGCCGUCCAGUGGUAGACCGUCUCAUCAUACCCAAUGUGCAGCUUCUCGUCCACUCGAUACUUCAGCGGCGAAGGGACGAAGGCCUUGCCCACGUCCUUUGCGAGUCCGAUGGUGAGGUCCUUGGCCGCCGAGCGGGUAUGUGGAUGAUUACGCGGCCGGCGAAGAAGCGCUUCGGCCCAGCCGGAUAUCAUGUAAAUGGGCUCGCCCUGCCUUGGACCUGCUCCGCGGUCGAUCUUGAAUUUUACAUUUGGCAUGUCCUCAGCUCGGAAAUUUGCCGCAUGCUCGGCAAAGUUCUCAAACGGAUUCUCCAGACUCCCCAACACCUGUCCGUUAAAGCUGUCGGCCAACGCGUACCCCGUAAAGACAGUAUAAUGCACUCCGAGCAUGGCAGCAACAUACCGUCUCGCCACUCGUUCAUAGUAACAAGCAUGGGCCAUCAGCUCAAUCAGGUCGGCGAGACUCACUUCCCCCAGACCACAGAACUGUGCCAGGCCGAGGAUCCGGGCGAGAAGGAGAUCAUGAUGCGCCGGCGAGCGCAACGACUUGCGCACCAUGCUCCGCGCAUACCGGCCCAGAACGUGCUUCGCCAGAGUCGGCAUAAACUGAAAGGGGUUGAUGCGUUUCAGCAUCCAUUCGCGAUGCUCCGCCGGCCACGUUGCACCUAG